AUGGCUUCUGGUGCUCAGGUGAAGAUGAUUGCCAUUGGCAUGAUGUUGGCCAUCGUGAUCGUCGUUGCUGCUAAUGCGGAACCAGAUCCCUCACAUAAGAAGGAUAUCUGCAUCGACACGACGGACAAGGUUCCUGGCGCCACUGCCUGCAUCUGCUCCAAGAACUGUGCUUGUGCCGGAAAGUGCAUAUUAGCUGGUGGUGAUGGUGAUGAGAUCAAGACCUGCUUCGUCGAAUGCGUCCUCAAGAAUGACUGCAAGUGCAAUGCUGAAGGUUCCAGCGACCCAGCACCACAGGCUAAUAAGUAGACUGAUGUUUGAAGCUUCAACAUGCUGCCAGGUCUUAUUUGAAUUCCGUGAGUACUAAU